UUCAGCCGGCAUCAAAACAAAAUUUCUCAAAAUUUCUGUCGGAAGAAAACAUGAUCAUUACAAGAAUACGUAACACGUAUAUUAUUCUUUGGUUCUACAUGUGUCUCGCGUGCGAUCUCUCAUCCCAAGAGAUACAUCAUAUUUGUCUUAUCUUUUACAACAUUCGCGCCCCCUCAUGCGGAUGAGGGGAAAGGAAGAAAGUAAUCGAUCAGCUGCAAAUGUUUAUCGAUACGUAGCGCAUCGUCGCACAGCGAUUCCCUUUGUGCCCAAACUCACGCGCCCCUGGGUGGGAAGGGGGAAGGAAAAAUCGAGGAAAGGGAUGAUUGAGAACCACUUGUAGGAGGACAGCUGCGCUCUGCGAGCGCAUCUGCUGCCGGUUGCGCGGGCACGCGCUCACAUAUACACAUACUUACGUGGUAUAUACGACAUUCUUUGCACACGCGAGCCACGAGCUUACGAGAAUAAUAAUGCCAGAUACAUAUAUGUUUAACGGGAUAUUGUACAAUUUGGAGCCUUUCACCUUUUGGUCGACACGAAUCUGCUGGGAUGAUCUCGUGUCACGAUGACAGAACUAGAAAGCGGUCUUUCCUUAUCGCGUCCCGGGACGGAAGACGAUCAUAUUUGAGGAACACGUGCGACAAACUAAUAUCUAUGUUAAAUAUGUAGUCUAAUAAGUGUGCCAAUCGAGUUCGCGACAACAUCUAUUAUUUCGCAAAUUACAGCAUAAUCUACUUCCUGAGACCUUCGAGAGAUCCCCGAUAAAUUUGCGUAACAAUCUGUCGCGAAACUCGCUUCUAUGCAGACACUGCUGAAUGAUUUAUAAACACACACAAAAAAUUAUCAAACUUUAUACAUAUAUAUACGAAAUUUAUAUAUUUAAUUAAAAAAAAAUAUUUAUAUAUAUUAUAUAUACAUAAUAUUGAAUACAAAGAGAUAUGAAUGAAACCAAAAAUAACACAGUGCAAGUGGUGUUUAUAUCUUUGUUGCUGGACCUCCUAGCAUUUACAAUGAUAUUGCCGCUGUUGCCAGCUCUAUUAGAUCAUUACAAAGAGAUAGAAAAUGGACAUGGAUUAUAUUCUACUACUUUGAGUUAUAUAAAAAACAUACAAGUGUUUUUUGACGCGCCAGAUAAAGUCAGUACAGUUCUUUAUGGAGGUUUUCUAGGCUCUAUGUACUCUUUCUUGCAAUUUCUCGGAUCGCCAAUCAUAGGAGCAUUAUCUGAUAUUUAUGGACGAAAACCUCUAAUGCUUUUAUGUCUAACAGGCAUUUCAUUCUCGUAUCUUUUAUGGGCAUUCUCCACAAAUUUUGGUAUAUUUGUAUUGGCGAGAUUUGUGGGUGGCAUCAGUAAAGGAAACAUCAGUCUGUCGAUGGCUAUUAUCAGCGAUGUGACUUCCCCAGAAACAAGAGGAAAGGCAAUGGCGCUUGUGGGAAUAGCCUUCUCCAUAGGUUUUGUAAUAGGACCAAUGAUAGGAGCGUUUUUUGCUUGGAUCUCGAGUGAUAAUAGGGAAGGCAUGUGGUAUCUGAUACCAGCCUUGUUUGCAUUCUUUCUGGCUUUAAGUGACUUAUUUUUCGUUACUUACUAUCUCAAAGAGAGUCUACAAUUAAAACACAGAGCAAAGACUUUAGCGAAAGGACUAUCUGGAGCAAUUUCAUACAUUAAUCCUAUAGAUCUUUUACAAUUUAAUGGAGUGUCCACCUUAAGUCAUCAAGAUCGACAAGAUUUAAAAAUAUUGGGUCGAGCAUAUUUUAUAUAUCUGUUUAUCUACAGUGGCUUGGAAUUCACUCUGACAUUCCUGACGCAUCAUACAUUUAGAUUUACGAGUAUGCAACAGGGUUGGAUGUUUCUUGGAAUUGGACUGACCAUGGCAAUCUUACAAGGUGGUUGGGUGCGACAUAUUCCUCCAAAUAGAACAAAAGCAAUCACUGAAUUGGGUUUGUGGCUAAUAAUUCCAGCAUUUAUAUGCAUCGGUAUCGCUACCGGUGUACCGAUUUUGUGUGCCGGAAUUUUUCUUUUCGCAGUUUCCACUGCCAUGGUUGUUACUUGUAUGAUGACUCUAGUAACGCGUAUUGGACCUGAACAUCAAAAAGGCGUAAUUACUGGCACAUUCCGUUCUCUCGGUGCGUUGGCUCGCGCUUGUGGACCUAUCGUUGCAUCUUCAGCAUUUUGGUGCAUUGGAAGUACUUCGACCUAUCUAAUCGGCGCUCUACUUCUCACGUUACCGCCGCUCAUUUUGCACGGCAUGCAUGCUUUGUAAUAUUUGAUAUAAUCAAAUAUUAUUUUAUAAUCUGUCUUUUUAUCCUAAACAACUCCUACUUAAUCAACAGUAUUUUUAUAUUUUUAAUUUUUAUUAAUUAUUUAAUUAAUUAUUAUUAUUAUUGCCUUUGCUGCAUUUUAAAGAUAAAAUGUAGAAGCUUUAUAUUUUAUAUAAUAGUAAAACAUAUAAAGUGUAUUAAUUGCUAUAAUUGCUAUUAGAUAAUUAAUCACACUUACUGGAU